AUGCCUUCACCUUAUCGAAAAGUAUUGGUGAUUGGGGCCACAAGCGGCAUUGGCAAGGCUUUGGCUGAACGCCUGAUCCAAGAAGGGUCCUUCGUGAUCGCUGUUGGCCGCCGCAGGGAAAACCUCGAGGCUUUGGUACAACAGCAUGGACACGACAAGUGUCAAGCUGUGCCUUUCGACAUUACCAAACUCGAGUCAAUUCCACACUUUGUCACUAACAUUACUGGUACCCAUAAUGAUCUCGACUGUGUCAUUCUCAACUCCGGGAUCCAGCGAAAGACGGAUUGGAGCGACUCCGACUCAAUCGACCUGGAUACGAUCCAGCUCGAGAUGACCACGAACUACAUUUCCCAAAUAGCCUUGACAAAGGCAUUUCUUCCGUUCUUGAGAAAGAAGGAUUCAGAAUCUUCCUUGGUAUAUGUUACAUCGGGCCUGGCCCUGGUUCCCAUCCCUCGAUGCAGCAAUUACUGUGCUUCAAAAGCGGCGCUGCACCAUUUUAUCCUUUGCCUGCGUCAAUCAUUGAAGGACACCAAAGUCAAAGUGGUGGAGCUGUUGCCUCCAGCAGUACAGACCGAGCUUCAUGACGAAAAGCAUCAACCUGACAUCAAAAACGGUUCUUCCAUGGGCAUGCCUCUAGACCAGUUCACGGACCAGGCAUACGCCGGAUUGGCAAAUGGCUCGGAGCAGAUACCCGUGGGCAUGGCACAGCAGUCUUUUGACAACUUUGAGAUCAAGCGACAAGAAGGAUUUGCUAAGAUGGUGAAAAUGAUGAGCGGCCAUCCGUAGGAAGAGUAGUUUCACCACGCCACAAGUAAUAAACUUGUUUCCUUAAUUCUGGAUUUGAGGAGGAUAUCGUGAAGUGGUGACUAUGAAUGAUAUAAAGAGACACAUUGUAUGUAUCUCACUCUUUUUCCCCUACUGCACAGUACGAGUAGGAAGCCGGCAUUUUUCAACCCGCAUACAAGUAGCCUCCGAUGGAGAUUAUAUUGCUUGGAGCAGGUGGGCCGAUCACUGAAACAGGAAGCCAUCAAUGUUGGGGGCCAGUUGUCUCAGACCACAUUUUAUAACGGACCAGGCUGACUGAGCCCUGCUUUUAUUUUUGGACUCAGCCACAAGUCAGAACAUCAACCUGAAUAGUUUUGUGGAGAGGAUGAGAUCUGACCGUAAUCAAUUAUCCAUGGAUGUGGUGAUGGUUCUUUUCUGGCCAGCUGCAGAAAAGUAG